AGGCUCGGUGAGACCUGUCAGCCUGCAGAAGGUGCAGAGCCCGUGGACAGGUCUCCCAGCUCCCUUGGACACACGGGCUUCAACAGCACGGGCGCAAGCGCCACCCCUGGCGUGGCCGGGGAAAGCCCAGAAGUCCAAGAGGCUGUGCCGCUGGUGCCAGCUGGCGACAGCCCGAGCCCGGUGGUGGAGACGAGCCUCCGGGAGGGACAGCAAGGAGGAGAGGAGGUGUCUCCGGUGCAGGAGACACCAGUGAGCUUCCUCCGUGUCCAGGACGCUGUCCCACGACAGCCCUCGAGUGGCACGAAGGGCUGUCUGCUAGCAGCUGCUCCUGGGAUCCCCGUGGGCGAAGAAGCGUCGGGCUGCAGCCCCGGCCGUCGUGAAGAGCAGAGUGCAGCCCACGACGCCGGGGAGAGCGACGGUGCCGGCCCGGCCCGCUGCAGCGGGGCUCCUGCGGCCGCCUGUGCGCGCUGCCCUGGCGCGGCUCUGCCGCUCGCCGGCCCGUCGGCUGCGGGGCGGUGGGCGCUGCCCGGCGCGCAGCAGGAAGCAGGUGAGAGCAAGGCGGCCGGCGGCGGCGCGGCGCCCUUGAGUGGCGGGCACUUGGGGGCGGUUGCUGGGCGCAAGGCUGACGGCUCGCUCUUGGCCGCAGGGCAAAGGAAGGAGCUGCAGGAGCUGUACGAGCUGGGCCCGCAGCUGGGCAGCGGCGGCUUCGGCACCGUCUUCUCGGGCAUCCGCCUCUCCGACGGGAGCCCGGUGGCCAUCAAGCGCGUGGCCCGGGAGAGCGUCCUGCAGUGGGUGGAGCUGCCCGACGGCACCUGCGUGCCCAUGGAGGUGGUGCUGAUGGAGAAGGUGGGCUCUGGCUGCCACAACAUCAUCGAGCUCCUUGACUGGUUCGAGCUGCCUGACAGCUUCGUGCUGGUGAUGGAGCGUCCGGAGGCAUCGCAGGAUCUCCUGCAGUUCCUGCUGGAGCAGGAGUUCCUGUGCGAGGAGAUGGCGCGCUGGCUUUUCUGCCAGGUGCUGGAGGCCGUGCGGCACUGCACCGCCUGCGGCGUCCUGCACCGGGACAUCAAGCCGGAGAAUCUCCUCGUGGACCCGGAGAGCGGCGACCUGAAGCUCAUCGACUUCGGUUGCGGCACCUUCCUCCAGGAGCAGCCCUUCACGCACUUUGCCGGUGAGCCCAGGGCCCGGGCCCUGCUCCCGGUGCCAGGCGCUGCACGGCGCCACUGCCUGGGGGGCUGCGGGCUGCGGCCUUCAGCCGGCUGCCCUUUGGCGCGGGGCAGAGGCCGUGCCCCGGGAGCCGGCUGCCGGCUGCGGCCGAUAGAGGGGGGCGAAUGGUUCCUUGGCUCUGGCCGGCCGGCUGGGGGACGCAGGGUGGCCUCGGGGGGGAAGUUGUGGCGGCGGGCGGGCGCGGCCCGUGCCUGGGCCAGGAGGCUGGCGCGAGGCUCUGCAAGGCCGCGGCCCGCGCCUGGACAGCGCCGCCCGUCUCCCCUAGGAACGCACGCGUACAGCCCGCCCGAGUGGAUCUGUCUGGGCUGCUACCGGGGCCAUGCGGCGACCAUCUGGUCCCUGGGCGUGCUGCUGUACGUCAUGGUCUGCGGGAGCCUCCCCUUCCGGGACGACCGUGAGAUCGUGCUGGGGCAGCUCUUCUUCGGGCAGCAGGUCUCUCCAGAGUGCCAACACCUGAUCCGCUGGUGUUUGGCCAAGCACCCCGCGGACAGGCCCGAGCUGGAGGAGAUCUUGCGCCACCCUUGGGUGCGGGGCCGGCGUUUCUGA